AAUAAUAUGAUCAUUAAGUAUUUUUCUAGGUCCUUUUUUCAAACUUCAAAAGCUGUUCGCUUUACUUUCGACGAGAUCCAAGACUGUAAUAGCAAUUUAAACGAAAAAAUUGAGGUAGCUUAUGGUUCUCAAGGCUUGGGUCUUGCAAUUGUUAGUGGAAUUCCUAACUAUUCAAGGAUGCGUCAUUAGCUCUUGCCUCUUGCUCAAAAACUGGCAAGUUAGCCUUAAGAAUACCUAAAAACACUUGAAUAACCAUCGAGCUUUUAUUCUAAAGGAUGGAGCUGUGGUGUAGAAUAGGUAUUUACAAUUUAUUAUAUAAGUUCAAAGGGAAAUUUGAUAAAUCCAAAGGAUCCUUCUAUAAUAAUCCUAUUUAUGAUGAAUUUCAACCUUUAAAUGUGGAAUUUUAGGAUUAAAUAAAAAAAGGAAAUCUUAUUAGAAUACCAAAUGUCUGGCCUAGAAAACACAUCCCAGAAUUAGAAGGAGCAUUUAAAAAUUUAGGUCGAUUGAUGGUUGAUGUAGGGGCUUUGCUAGCUUAUCAUAUAGAUAAAUAUAUUCAUUCAAAAUGUAAUACUUAUGAAAUGGGAAAAUUGUAUCGAUUUAUUAGAACAGGUGACUCUCAUGUUGGAAGGUUAUUACAUUAUUUUGAUGGACCAAAUACUGAAGAAUGGUGUGGAUGGCAUAAUGAUCAUAGCGCAUUAACAGCUUUAACUUGCCCAAUAUAUAUGAAUUAAGAUAAAAUUAUGGAUUAUUAAGAUAAAGAAGGUGGUUUAUUUGCAAAAAAUAGGUUUGCCGAAAUUGUCAAAAUUGGAAUGGAUCCAGAAUGUUUGGCAUUCUAAAUAGGAGAGACUGCUUAGAUUGUCUCUGGGGGAAUUGUAGAAGCAACUCCUCAUUGUGUAAUAUUACUAACUAUCAUAGGUUGUGAAAAGUGAUGAAACUGUAAGACUAGGAUUGAACAGGAAUACUUUUGCUGUGUUUAUGGGACCAGUAUUUCAUGAAAUUUUAAAUGUUCCAUAAGGCAUUGAUAAAUCUAGCGCCCUUAAUAAAAUCGCCUACAACAUCCCUCCUCUUUUGGGAAGAUGGGAUUAGGAUAUGACUUAUUUAGAGUAUAGCUCAAACUGCUUAAAGGCAUAUUCAUGAUUAUUAUGUGAGAAAUUGACUAAUUAUGAUCAAUAUUAU